ACUUUUAGGAUAUUAUAAAGAAAGGAAAACAAAGACAAAAACCAUAUAUGGAAAAACAGCGGAAUCAAAUCAGUUAAACGCCCCCAAUAUCAGGACACAAACCACCUCCAAACAGCUUCCCUAUGUCUUCAAGACACCUGUAUAUUUACACCCACUACUAUAAAAUAUUUCUAUAUAUAUAUUUAUUGUUAUGGGACAAAAUAUCCAUAUACAUCAAACUCCUCUGUUUAGUCAAUCACACGCAAUCUUAUUAUACUCCAAUAACAAGCGUAGAUAAAACUAAAAGAAUUUAAUAGAAAUCAAUGGAACGCAAGAUUCUAGUGGCAGUUGAUGAAGGGGAAGAAAGUGCGUAUGCUCUGUCUUGGUGUCUCAAAAACAUCAUCGCUGAGAAUUCAAAAGACACCCUUGUCCUCCUUUAUGUCAAGCCACCACAAGUUGUCUACACAGCUCUUGAUGGCUCAGGGUAUUUGUUUUCGCCGGAUAUAAUUGCGACCAUGGACAAGUAUAGGAACGACGUAGCAGAAAGUGUGAUAGAGAAGGCGAAGAAACUAUGCAAAGAUCUUCAAGAUGUGAAGGUGGAGACGAGGGUGGAACAUGGUGAUCCAAGGGAUUUGAUUUGUAAUGUUGCCGAGAAAAUGGGUGUUGAUAUGGUUGUUUUGGGUAGCCAUGGCUAUGGUGUGAUCAAGAGGGCAUUUCUUGGAAGUGUGAGCAAUCACUGUGCCCAAAACAUCAAGUGUCCUGUUCUGAUAGUCAAGAUGCCCAAGGCUUGUGCUACAUCUUCCACUUCUUGAAACUGAAGUUAAAACUUUCUUGAGACCAGGAGGAUCCCAUUAACAUCAAUACUGAAGCAAAUCUCUAUCUCUGCUACCCCGUCAGUAGAACUAAGAGUAAUCC